GUUCGGGCCUGCGGGUGGUCAGUCGUCGACACCCACUACCACUGACAAGGCGUGUCGCGCCCUCCUCGACUGGAGCCUCGCCACGCUGCCCACACCCUCGCCCGGAGCCCUUUUCGCUGUCAACAAGUUCCUAAACGCUGCCAAUAUCGACCGGAGGCCCCUUCGCUCUGCUCACCUCGUCUGAAGAUCAUUUCGAUAACCACAUCGCCUAGAGCUUAGAACCUUUGCUGCCCACUUCCUGACACUCGUGCUGCCCACCUCCAGACACCUGCUGCCCACCUCCUGACACUUGCUGCCCACCUCCUGACACUUGCUGCCCACCUCCUGACACCUAACUCAUCCAUCUACGUCUCAACUUACCUGCUCAGGCUGGGCAUCAUUGAUCUUAUGGGUAUAUGCCAUCAUCCUCAAAUAUAAAAACCUGUGAACCCGCUUCGGAAUACUAGUGAUGAUCCAUAUUCUCGUGAAUCGCCGAAGCUUAGAUCAAGCUUGACUCCGUGUGCAAGUCCCAUAAGUAAAUACAUAAUAGUUAUACUAUAAACUCACCAAUACUCGGAAACGUACAAGGAUUACAAAUAACUGAUAAUUUGUUAGAGAAUCGAGGCUCAGUCAGUCGCUGCUCAGAAAAAAAUGUGAAAGGAAAAUAUAUACAGAUAAAUAUAUAUAUUCUCAGUGUAAGACAGCGCUUAGCAGUGACGAAUGUUACAGUGAGAGAGAGAGAGGAGAGAGAGGGGGAGAGUAGAGAGGGAAAAAAGUGUGUAAUAGUGACCAACCAUCACCCUGAGUGACGUCUCGCCAACAACGAUGACAGCAACAUACUUCCUGCUGGUGGCGUGGGCGUGCGUGGGCGUGGGGGUGGCGGAGGAAUGCUUGUCGUGCCUGUCGACCCCCUGCAGGAAGGUGACUGGGCUCUUCACCCGCCCUACACUACCCGUCGGGUAUAACCUCAUCGCUAGAGUGCCGCCCCAUGCCUGCAACCUCUCCGUCACCGAGCUCAGUGGCUCCUCCAACUACCUGGCGGUGAGGACGGACCACGGGUACAUCAUUAAUGGUAACUGGGCCGUGGUACCUCCCGGCCGGUACAUGGGGGCCGGUACCGGCUUCUACUACACCAGGCCCAACACGCCCUCUGACGUGGGGGAGGUGAUCCAGUCUCCUGGUCCCCUCUCGAAGGCUAUUGACAUUAUGAUAAUCUACCAGUCUACCAAUCAGGGCGUGCGAUACGAGUAUUGGCAUCCGAUGGGCCCUCCGUACCCCCCACCUCCACAAGGGCGUGGGCGGGGCCGUGGGCGUGGCCAUCCCCAGCGAGGCCACUCCCCCCUUCACAAUGUGCUACCGGCCUACCUGGCCUCUACCAACAGCGAGGGCGGCCUGGUAGGGGGAGAUUUUUCCUCUUCCGCCGCCGCCCUCGACAACCGCUUGGGUCUUCCGCCAGCCACUCAGAGCGUUGGCUACGUCGUGGACAAUAAUGUAGGGCUUCCGGCUGCUCCUGACGCCGCCAGGUCGACCACACCCACUUGGAAAGUGUGGAAGUUCACCCCCUGUUCCCGGACGUGCGGGGGAGGGCAGCAGCAGACGGUGUACAUUUGCACAGGAGUGGGCGGCGCGGUCAUGCAAGAGGAGAUGUGCCAGGCACCCAAGCCUCCCCCACAAACCGUUCACUGUAACCCCCGUCCCUGCUCACCCACAUGGCAGCUGGGAGAGUGGUCGCAAUGCUCUGCCACCUGCGGCACUGGGCUCAUGACCAGGACGUGGGCGUGUGUGCAGGAGGUUACACCCACUCUAGUCCGUGCUGUACCUCCUUCCACAUGCCCACCCCCUUCACGGACCACCAUGGUGCCCCUCACGCAACCAUGCACCCUCGCUCCUUGCUCACGAUGGGAAGUCACUGCCUGGACACAAUGUUCGGUGGAGUGUGGGACGGGACUGAAGACCCGGGUGGUGACGUGUCGGGCGGAGGGCCGUCGGGUGUCUGACGACCAGUGUAACGUACAGGAGAAGCCCCCCAAGCAGGAGCUCUGCCACGCCCACACCUGCAUCCAUCACACUUGGUUCUACACCGACUGGACGGAAGAGUGUGUGGGCGGGUGUGAGCACGGAGUACAGCGACGGCGCGUCUGGUGUUCUCCUGGAGUCAACUCGGUGGAGGGGGAGUGUGACCUGGAGGCCAGACCUCCGGAGACUCGGGCCUGUCCUCGAGCCGACGCCUGCGCUGCUGCCUGGUUCACGGGGCCCUGGACCCCGUGUUCGGAAGAGUGCGGGAACGGAACAAAGUCGCGGGAGGUUGUGUGCGUGGUGUUCCUGAGGGGGACCUUCCGGGCCACACUCGACAUUGAGUGUAACUCCGAGAUCCGCCCUAAUGACACUCUCGUCUGUAACCCCGACCCGUGCCCCCCACACUGGUACUACACCGACUGGUCUCAGUGUUCCCGUACAUGUGGACGUGGGAGUCGCACCCGGUCCGUUCAGUGCCUGGACCACCACCAGCACCCAUCCACCCGCUGUAACCUGGAGGAGAAGCCGCCCACCACCCGCAACUGUGUGGAGCAGCCUUGUAAUGCUCCGAGUGACAGGAGUUGUGUGGACCGCUUCAAGAACUGCGUGUUGGUCCAGCAGGCCCGUCUCUGUCGCUACUCCUACUACCGCACCGUCUGCUGCGCCUCCUGCUUCCAGCAGCUGUAGAUCAGCAGCGCCUCCCCACACAUCAUCAUCUUCGCCUGCUGCCCAACCUUUCACUCCAGCAUCCUUCGCUAUUUCCCUUUGGGUUCGUUGGGAUAACUUGAGUUCGCUAAACUCACACGAGCCCAGAAGCCAAACACAGUUCCUCAUCCCUUAUUUCGUACACAUACUGUCAUUUAACAUAUUCAAUUCCAUUUCAGUACAGGGGGAGUGAUCAUUCAUUUUCCUUCGCAUAAUCGACCUUCUCGUGUAUAAUCUCUUGUUCAUUGUGGAUUGGACGAAAGAUUGGCAUAUGCAGUUUAAGUGUGACAAAUGUAGGAUUCUGGUGAUGUUAAUAUACAGGAUAUAUGCUUAACGUAGCAAUUGCUAAAUAUGAGAAAAAAGGAUCUAAGAGCCAUUAUUAGUAGGAAUCUUAAGACAAAAUUAUGUAUAAAUGUUUAAAAUAAGACAAUUAGGAUACUGGAAUUCAUAUCUAGAACUGAUAUUAAUAAAACUUCUGUUAU